ACAGACUUGUACUCCCCAAUUACUUGAAAAGUGGUAGUAAUAAUGGUCCACUACAAGCUAUCAUAUUUCCCCAUCCGUGGAGCUGGAGAGGUUAUUCGACAGAUAUUUGUAUAUGCUGGACAAAGCUUUGAGGAUCAUAGAAUUUCAAUAGAGGAAUGGGCAGCUGUCAAACCAACCACCCCAUUCGGGCAACUUCCACUUCUAGAGGUCGAUGGAAAGGUUCUUCCACAAUCUCAUUCUAUCGCUCGCUUUUUGGCUCGUCAAUUCGGAAUCAAUGGAAAGUGUGCAUGGGAGGAGGCUCAAGUCAACUCGAUCGCUGAUCAGUUCAAAGAUUAUCGCAACGAAGUUCGUCCAUAUGUGAUGGUGAAGAUGGGAUUUGCUGAAGGAGAUCUUGAUGCUCUUUCCAAGGAUGUCUUUCUUCCAGGAUUCAAGAAGCACUACGGAUUCAUUUAUAAUUUCCUUAAAACUGCAGGAUCCGGUUACUUGGUUGGAGACUCGCUGACGUUUGUGGAUUUGCUCAUUGCUCAGCACACUGCGGAUAUAUUGAGUACUGAUCCAGCUCUUCUCGAAGAAUUCCCACAAUUUAAGGCGCAUCAGGAGAAGGUUCAUUCAAAUGCCAAUAUCAAGAAGUGGUUGGAAACUCGUCCAGAGACUCAAUUCUAAAUAAUCGUUCAAUUCUAGUUUUGAAAUUGAAUAAACUACAAUGAAAAUA